AUGUCUGAAUUCCAAUUGGGUAAUUCAGGAUUAAGCGCGGUAACAGAUCAGUAUUCUAAUUUUUACUCUGCUUGUGUAUAUCCAAUACCAAGUCAGGAACAAUUAAACAGAUCAAUUGAAAGAGCUACAACAAUAUGGUAUAUUGCUAUUGAAUUCGUUGUUCUAUGGGCUCGGAUGGUUCUUGAUAUUCAUUCUGGCAAUAUAGUAACAUUCUGGAAGGAUUGGGUCUAA